UGACCAAACGCCACAUGCAUAAACUUAUGAAUUCAUAGUGUGUGACAUGAUAAAAUCGAUAGCGUAGCGUGUAAACAUUAUAUAAACAUUACAAAUUUCGGAGAAAGUCGACAAAGUGCUUCCCUCGCAACGGAAACAGGAAAGGGAAUCCCCGCGUGAUCAGUCACAUGACAAUCAGUGACGUCAUUUUUGCCUGCCAUCAUGUUGGACAUAACAGGAGCUUGAUUCUUCUAUGCAUUUGUAAAGACUUUCUAGAGUUUUGAUAUUGUGUAAGACCUGUUGCCAUGGCUGCCAAAGCCAAACUGCUAAAGGUGGUGUUGUUAGGAGAUGGAGGUGUGGGCAAGAGCUCUCUGAUGAACCGCUUUGUCAGCAAUAAGUUUGAUGCACAAUCGUUCCACACAAUCGGUGUGGAAUUCCUAAACAAAGAUGUAGAAGUAGACAAUGAACUGUACAAGAUGCAGAUUUGGGAUACUGCAGGACAAGAAAGAUUCAAGUCUUUACGUACCCCUUUUUACCGGGGGGCUGAUUGCUGCCUCCUAACUUUUGCAGUCGAUGACAUUCAAAGUUAUCGUAAUUUAAGCAUGUGGAGAAAGGAGUUUUUGUAUUACGCAGAUAUACAAGACGGAAAUAGUUUUCCAUUUGUGAUAAUUGGAAACAAAGUGGAUGUAGAAAAUCGUGUGGUUGGGAGUGAAGAGGCCCGGGAAUGGUGUCAGGCAAAUGGACGCAUGCCUUACUUUGAAACUAGUGCAAAGGAUUCCACUAAUGUCAAUGAUGCAUUUCGUGCUGCUGUCAAAAGACUUAAGGAACUUGAGGAUGUGAUUGAUAACAACACAAAGCCAUCACAUGGACCUACAGUGGACUUGGCAGGAAAAGGCAAAUCACAAAGCUCCGGGUGUUGUUGAAUAUUGUUAUUACUGAUCAUGAGGUUAUCAUAUUUAUAUAUGUAUACGUAUUUUUCUUUUUCGUUCAAAACAUGCAUGUGGAGCUUGAUAUUGAAAAUAAAGGGAGCGGUGUGACAGUGGACAUGGACAUUAUGAGGAUAUUGAUACUCAAAUGGCUGUGUUGUUCAUUGUAAGAGGGGCCAAUAUUGUACACAUGACACCAGAGCUGUACCUUAAGUCUGUAUAAACCAUAUUCGUCAUUAUUAGCACCCUUGAUGAAAUAAGCACACUUUCAGCUUUUUAAGAUAUCUAUUUGUAUGAUUUAUCAUUAACACACCACUGCCUAACCCCAAUUAAGAUCAGCUGAAGUUAAUUUAUAAUAAACGCAUACAGAAAAGUGGUAUCAUAAACCACAACUCUUGAUGGAUUUUGUUGUAAAGUUCUUUUUAGAGGCCUUUUCUUGUCAAUUUUUAAAACUUCUGGGGCAUAAGUUAUGAUGAAUAAAGACAUAUAUAACUGUAUCUACUCAUGACUUUGUUGCUUGGUCUGUACAUGUACAAUGGUCACAGGGUUCAGACUGUACAUGUACAAUGGUCACAGGGUUCAGUCUGUACAUGUACAAUGGUCACAGGGUUCUGUCUGUACAUGUACAAUGGUCACAGGGUUCAGUCUGUACAUGUAUGUAGUUCAGUCUGUACAACUUACAAGUCUCUCUAGGAGAUAGGCAUGUAGUUCAGUCUGUACAAGUGACUCCAGGACAUGUACAGUAGACAACAUGGUUCAGUCUGUACAAGUGUCUCAAGGGCACAGCUUGAUCAUGAAGUUCAGGCUGUACAAAUGUCUCCAGGACACAGACCGUGUGAUUCAAUUUGUACAAGUGUCUUCAUGACACAGACCAUGUGGUUCAGUUUGUACAAGUGUCUCCAGGACACAGACCAUGUGGUUCAGUUUGUACAAGUGUCUUCAUGACACAGGCCAUGUGGUUCAGUUUGUACAAGAGUCUUCAUGACACAGGCCAUGUGGUUCAGUUUGUACAAGUGUCUCCAGGACACAGGCCAUGUGAUUCAGUCUGUGUAAGCGUCUUCAUGACACAGACCAUGUGGUUUAGUCUGUACAAGUGUCUUCAUGACACAGACCAUGUGAUUAAGUCUGUACAAGUGUCUUCAUGACACAGACCAUGUGAUUUAGUACAAGUUACAUGGUUAAUCCAAUAAGGCUAUCCAGGCGUCUACAAGCCAGGGCACAGGUCAUAUAAUAUGUUAUACAGACGAAUCUGUGGUUCAAUACCUAACGUCACAGGUCAUAUCACAUGUUAUACAGACGAAUCUGUGGUUCAAUAUCUAACGUCACAGGUCAUAUCACAUGUUAUACAGAUGAAUCUGUGGUUCAAUACCUAACGUCACAGGUCAUAUCACAUGUUAUACAGACGAAAUUGUGGUUCAAUACCUUAUAUCAUAUUUAAAUCAUCUAACAGGUAUGUUUUCUCUUUUAAAUUGUUGCUGCUGCAUUUUCUAUUUAAUGAUCAAAACUUGUCCAAGAUCAUCUUGAUUUCAAUUACUGUGUAUCCAGCCAAAUUUGAAUAUGAGAAGCCAGUAUGAUGACCAGUGCUAUGCCUGUAUGUCUGUAUCGUUUGGUGGCUCUGUAUCAUGAAUGACUGUUCACGUGUUGUACAAGUAAUCAUGACUUAACUGUACAUUUUAAACCUGUCAUGCCAAACCUAUUACAGCUAUUGUGUUGUAACUGUAACAGUUAUGAUAUUUUACACAAAGCUUAAUAAUGGAAGAAAAAACAAAAGAAAUAUGUAGCUGUAUAUUUUUUUAUUUCAACAGCUAAUCACAAAUGUGGUAUAUAGAUGUAGCACCCAGUUGUGGUUUAUAUACAAUGUAUUAUAUAUGAACGUAAUAGCCAGGAGGAAAACAUACCAAUUUAACUAACAAACUACUGGGUGCUUAAAGGAUCAAACGUUUUUUUCUGUUAUUUAUUACCGUUGUGUAUUGUUCAAUUAACAUGAAUAAUUGGAAUUAUUUAUAAAUUACAAUUGGCAGGAAUAUGAAAUUAGUUUCUGUUGUAGUGAAUCCUUCACAAUCUAUAAGAACAACAGUAUCAGGAUUUUUAGGCAGAAUUGGGAAUCCAGUCUCAGACCAGUUCCAAAAAAACCUAUAAGUAAAAUCGUUUUCUUUGCCUAAAGUACAAACCAUAAACUUUCAAACAAAUGCUGGUAGGAUUAAAAUUAGGAUAUAUAUAGCCAUCCCAUUUGUAUUUUCUUGACUGUGUCUGCAGUACUGACAGUACAUAUAUACUUACAUACAGUGUUACUUACAUGUACAAGUAUUAUCACCACUAGAUACAGCUACCGACUCAAACACUUAUCAGUUAACAUACCACCAGGAACUAUAUUAAAAUCUAUCAGAUUAAAACAGUUUAGAUCCUUCCUUCCUAUACUUAUAUCCGGGGAGGAUUAUGUUGUGUUGAUCAAUUAAACUUAAUCUGGAGAGAUGUGUUCAUUAGUUAAGAAAUUUGACAUAAACUCCCAACUGGUUUCUGAUUGAUGUUUGUUGCCUGAUAGAAUUAGUUAACAUAGAUAGAUGAUGAUAAACUGGUCUUGAUAAAAAUAUGAUUGAGUCUGACCAGUCUAUCAGACCAUAACUUGUUUGUGAUGUAGACAGAUAUCGGAACCUUAUAUCAAUGAAAUGAAGUUUUGAUACAAGGCUUCUCUAAAAGUUGUAAUUUUUACACAUUGUAUCUGCAUUUGUAUACCUGAUUUAAGUACUCAAUAAGUAACAUUUUUGUAGAGUGAGGCCGACACUGCUGUCUUGAUUUCAGAAUAUACAGUGUACUACCUUCUUUUAGUACAUUACUAGCAUUGUAGGUCUCACACAACUAAUUAUUUCACUACAUGUUAUUACGAGUGACUCCAUCCCCUCGAUUGCUCAUUUGAAGUUCAAUUGAUGUGAAAUUUACAUCAAAUCAAAGUUUGAAGAUUUUGCUACCUGACAAAUUAUGCUAUGUGACGGGUUUAAUAUUUUUGAUUUUCCAAAUCUCAAGACCCUACAUACUCUUUAUUCUUGUUUAUGGAAAGUACCCAUUUCAUAUAUUAUUAACUAAGGAAAACAGCUACAAAUAUAAGAAACACAUUUUCUUUAGGGUCUUGGUUCAGGAGAAACAUCAGCUGAUUGGCUGAAUUAGUUGUGAGAGACCGGAAUAGCUAUGAUUUUUUUUAUAAGAAUUAUCUCCCUUUAAAAGGGUCAAUGUAACAGCAUUACAUGUGUAUGGACAGCUGAUGUAGAAGACAGCAGGUGUUUGGUACAUAACUACCAAUAUAAAGAAAAAAAUAGAUUUUGAAAUUUAUCAUCAAUGCAUUUUUCAAAUAUUUCAAAUAUUUUAUCAAUUGAUUUUGAAAAGGAGAUACUUCUUCAAAUAAUUAAAGUAGCAAUUACCUUUGUUUUCACAGAUACGAUUUUAUUUCAUAUCAUACCCCAGACAUUUAUAUAAACAUUUCAUCUUUCAUUGCACUUUUGUUGUCACUAUAAAAAUAAUAAUGCAUGCUGUGUAUCUGAAUUUUUCCAGUAUGCACUAUGUACCAUAUAAACUAUAUUUAUCUGAGGGAAGUAAGUUUCAUAUUUAAUGACAUAUUUCACGAUAGGGAAGAACACAGUAACAAAAUAAAGAGAAUAACUUGAGUCCUUUAGAGGAAAUAGCAAUGUGAGGAUAUACUGUGGUGUAAUCCACACUGUGGGGAUGUUAUGUUGUACUAAAUAUGAGGAACAUUUUAAUUCUACUAUUCUAGAUCUACUGUACCAGAUGUAAAUGAACUCUUUAGUGCUGUAAGUAAAAUGGUAUAAAUAAUUAAUUAACAUUUUGAGACAGAUGUAACAGAAUUCUUUGGUUUAUGAUAAAUAAUAAAUAGACACAUGUGCACUUUGUUUUUAUCCAAACCAAGCUAUAAUCCAUUUCUCCACAUCUAUAUAUAUAUACAUGUAACUGCUUCCUUCCCCAUCUUCCUUUCUUCCUGGUAGUAUAAUAUCCCUGAGCAAUAAUACAUCUCCUGAAGCAGUCAUCUAUUUAACUGGUAGCCCCUCCCAUUAAUCCUUCAGCAUGGAGAAAUAUUGUUACCAUCCCUCAUCACAGUAAGAACUUUCUGGUACAAUAUUCAAAUUUCACUCUCACCAUUGAUCACCAUUCUGUAAGUGACAGUCGAUGGGGGGGCAGAGACUUAAGUGUGACAACUGGUGACGGCAGGAGACUUGUAAGUGUGACAGCUGAUGCGGGAAGAAACGUAUAGUGUAUGUGACAGCCGAUGAGGGCAGAGACAUAUAAUGUGACAGCAGGAGACUUGUAAGAGUAACAGCAGGAGACUUGUAAGUGUGACAGCCAAUGAGGGCAGACCCAUAAGUAUGACGGCUGAUGAGGGCAGAGACUUAUACGUGUGACAUAUGAUGAGGGCAGAGACUUAUAUGUGUGACAGCAGGAGACUUAUAAGUAUGACGACUGAUGAGGGCAGAGACUUAUACGUGUGACAUAUGAUGAGGGCAGAGACUUAUAUGUGUGACAGCAGGAGACUUAUAAGUAUGACGGCUGAUGAGGGCAGAGACUUAUACGUGUGACAUAUGAUGAGGGCAGAUACUUUAUUAUUAUAAGUGUGACAGCUGAUGCAGGAAGAAACUUAUAGUGUACAUGAUAGCCGAUGAGGGCAGAGAAUUGAAAUUGUGACAGCCGAUGAGGGCAGAGACUUAUGAAGUGUGACAGCAGAUGAGGGCAGACUUAUACGUUUGACAGCAGAUGAGGGCAGAGACUUAUACGUGUGACAGCAGAUGAGGGCAGACUUAUACGUGUGACAGCCGAUGAGGGCAGAGACUUACAGUGUGAUAGCCGAUGAAGGCAGAGACUAGCCUACUUCGAGUGUUUACUAUAGUGACUAUGAUCUAAAUAUUGAAAAAGGGAACUCACUUUUGGUUACAUUUGCAUGUGUAGAGAAACAAAAAAUUAUUAUGCGCAUGUCCAGUCGACUCAACCACUGAUUUCCUUUGGUCCAACUACAGCAACUAGACUUUGUUUGCGCAUGUGUCACCUAUCUGGAAGCACAGCAGUGAUUGAUUGUUGUUCAUACCUAUAUGUCAUCACAUUAGAUGGAACAGCCAGACUAAGAAAAUAGUUGACACUUAGAGUAGGCCAUUGUUGAUGACUAGUCAGUGAUUACUCCUUUCCUGGGGGCCGCGGUGGCCGAGUGGUUAAGGUGUCCCGACACUUUAUCACUAGCCCUCCAUCACUGGGUUGCGAGUUUGAAACCUACGUGGGGCAGUUGCCAGGUACUGACCGUAGGCCGGUGGUUUUUCUCUGGGUACUCCGGCUUUCCUCCACCUCCAAAACCUGGCACGUCCUUAAAUGACCCUGGCUGUUAAUAGGACGUUAAACAAAAACAAACCAAAGAUUACUCCUUUCCAGAGUAAUCUCCCUUUCCUCUCCCUCUAUUCAGUGAUAUUUCAUUGACUAACUUCUAUAGACAUGGUGUACUGAUGGAGUGGAUUAAUUAAGGAAAUUGCCAUGGAAGACUUUCAGGGUUUUAACAUGUUGGCAUACUUAGUAAAUGAUGUUGAUACAUUUGUAUUUCUAUAUAGUCAUUAUUUCAGACAUUAAUUAACAUAGAUGUAUUUGAUUAAGUAUCUUUGUUUGGGAAAAUAGCUAUACUUAUAAUAAUUUGAGUACAAUUAAGUCAUUAUUUUUUUCAUUCUGUAUUAUUUUAAUGACUGGAUAUUAAUUAAAUGAUUGCUGAUAAAGUAGUCAUUAUAAAGUUAGGGUUAUUUUCUUAAAUUACAUCCUAGAAAAACAUUGAUUGUGAAAUACAUAAGUAUGUAGUAGAAGUUACCUCAAAAAAUGUUUUUUUAUUUAAAAAAAUUACCUCAAAGCAGUGAUGUGUUCUGAUGAGUACAUCCUAAUCACUUGUGUUAUUUUAGUUGUUGUGGUUCUGCUAAUUAGGGUAAUGUUGUUACAUGUAACUGACUAGAAUCCAGUACUCUAUAGUGUAAGGUUUCUGUAUGAAUUGUACAAGCUGGCUAAUAGACUGGUUUCUGUGUACAUUGUAUAACUUAUUUCUGUUGUUUUUUUCCCUUAACUUAAAAAGACUUUCAGUUCAUAAUAGUAGAUAUAUCAUGCAACCUGUUCUUGCUUUUCACUAACUACACAAUAUUUCUCUUUCUGAGAUUAAACAAUAUUUUUAUGACACUGUCCCCUCCCUUUCGACCUAAAUCUCUGACCAUAUAAGACACUACAACACCUAGCUAAGUCAAGAAAUGUUCAGCCUCAUGUCCACAGCCAUAUUCUCUAACAUUUGCAUCGACCAAUCACAAGGAGAUACCUUUACAGUGACAGGUUUGUAAAACUGGUAUAAUGUUAUAGUGAUAUACACAGACUAUGUGAACUAUACUUAAUAUAUAUAUAUAUAUAUAUAUAGUAUUAACAGCAAAUCUGAUCAGGACCAUAUAAAAUUGUAAAAUUUCAACUUUUUACAGUUAUAUAAGUAUUUGGUCACAAAAUAUGAUAGCUUUUUCUGGUGUAUUUAUCGAAUGCAUUCAUCAAGAAUAUCUGUUGACAAUUAUAGAAUUUCUAUUGUACUCUAUUGAUAAAUACAUAAUGAAAGCAAUACAAUAUUGUCAGCUAAGACUGAGAGACUAUGUAUUGUUUAUAACUCCAUGAUCCAAAAUUUAAAUAUAUGUUAUAAUUAUGUAAUGAUAUGGCCUAAAUGCCUUGUUCUAUGUAAAUGUUUGUAUUUAACUUGCAUUGCUUUUAUCUGUAGCCUUGUGUAUAAUGUCCAGCCAUGCCUCUAUACUUGUACUUUGUAAUGGGAAAUGUGAACAUUUAUUACUGGGUGAUUUAAUGGAUUAAAGUGAAAUGUGAAAAUUGGUGACUGGAGAAAAUAAUAUAUUAAAAUUAAAUGUGAACAUUGAUGACUGGAGGAAAUAAUAGAUUAAAGUGGUUUGUGAAAACUGAUGACUAGAGAAAAUAAUACUUGGGUAGAUUAAAGUGGUAUGUGAAAAAUGAUUGCUGGAGCAAAUGAUGGAUUAAAUUGAAAUGUAAAAAUUGAUGACUAGGGAAAACAUUGUACGUGAUCUUUACUUUGGUAUCCCAGAAGUGUACUUGAAAUGAUUUUGUAUUGCCAGGAGAUGGUAACUAUCACAGCACACUCUAAUUAUUACUAGUCUAUAUUGAGUCCAAAGCUGUACAAGCUUAGGGGUAUAAUUAUGAACAUCCAUCAUGCAGUUGUUUGACAGUCUGCUAGAUUAUUCACCAAUGUAACAAACUUAUUAUAAUGUUUUAUUUUGGUUUUGAAAGUUUUAACAACAAUUAAUAUUUCAUGUUUUUUAUGUCAUACACAGGAAACUUUAAUAUUUUGAAUUAAGCCAUCUAUAGUGAAUGUUUUUUUGUAUUAAAUGAAUUUACCAGUGGUGGUAAUCAUUAUAUAUCUGGACUUUUAUUAUAUAUCGUAUUCUCAAUCACAUCCACCAGUCACUGAUUUCAUGCCUGAAUGAUGAAGGAAUAAAAAUACUUGAAAUAUUGG